GUCUCAGGAAGCAGUGUCUGCGGCCUAACGGAACUACAGAUUCCUAACAGAAAGGUUUCUGUCCGGAGCUUGCUAUCUGCUUCCGUUACAGAGCGGAAGUGUGGUUCGCCAGAGGACGACCCUUAGACGAAUUCAAUCUCUGCUGUCCGCUCGGCAGCAAUCAUGUCGAGUUUGGCGGUCAGAGACCCAGCCAUGGAUCGAUCGCUGCGUUCGGUGUUCGUGGGGAACAUUCCGUAUGAGGCGACGGAGGAGCAGUUAAAGGACAUUUUCUCGGAGGUUGGUUCAGUUGUCAGUUUCCGUCUCGUCUACGAUAGAGAGACUGGGAAGCCCAAGGGUUAUGGCUUCUGCGAGUACCAAGACCAGGAGACUGCGCUCAGUGCCAUGCGGAACCUCAAUGGGCGAGAGUUUAGUGGGAGAGCGCUUCGAGUGGACAAUGCCGCCAGCGAAAAGAACAAGGAGGAGUUAAAGAGCUUAGGCCCGGCGGCCCCCAUCAUUGACUCCCCCUAUGGGGACCCUAUCGACCCAGAAGAUGCUCCAGAAUCGAUUACUAGAGCAGUCGCCAGCUUGCCCCCAGAGCAGAUGUUUGAGCUCAUGAAGCAGAUGAAGUUGUGUGUCCAGAACAGUCACCAGGAAGCUCGAAACAUGCUACUUCAGAACCCACAGUUGGCGUAUGCUUUGCUGCAGGCACAAGUGGUAAUGAGAAUCAUGGAUCCAGAGAUUGCCCUGAAAAUUUUGCAUCGUAAGAUACAUGUCACACCACUGAUCCCAGGCAAAUCUCAGCCUGUCUCUGGACCUGGCCCUGGAGGGCCUGGGCCUAGUGGGCCUGGCGGCCCUGGCCCCGGCCCUGCCCCUGGCCUCUGCCCGGGACCUAACGUCAUGUUGAACCAACAGAAUCCUCCUGCCCCUCAGCCUCAGCAUCUGCCAAGAAGACCUGUGAAGGACAUUCCACCUCUGAUGCAGACCUCUAUCCAGGGAGGAAUUCCAGCUCCGGGGCCAAUACCAGCUGCAGUUCCUGGACCUGGUUCCUUAACUCCGGGAGGAGCAAUGCAGCCACAAGUUGGCAUGCCAGUGGUUGGUCCAGUGCCCCUAGAGCGAGGACAGAUGCAGAUAUCAGAUCCUAGACCUCCGAUGCCUCGUGGACCCAUGCCUUCUGGUGGCAUACCUCCUCGAGGACUACUGGGAGAUGCUCCAAAUGACCCACGUGGAGGGACUUUGCUCUCAGUGACUGGAGAAGUAGAGCCCAGGGGUUAUAUGGGACCACCCCAUCAGGGUCCUCCAAUGCAUCAUGGUCAUGACAACCGUGGCCCUGCCUCACAUGAUAUGAGAGGAGGACCAUUGGCAGCAGAUCCCAGAAUGCUAAUUGGAGAGCCCAGAGGUCCCAUGAUAGAUCAGAGAGGUCUACCUAUGGAUGGUAGAGGAGGUAGAGAAUCUCGAGGGAUGGAGACUCGGCCCAUGGAAACUGAGGUCUUGGAGCCACGAGGAAUGGAGAGAAGGAUGGAGACCUGCCCGAUGGAAACCAGAGGGAUGGAAGCAAGAGGCAUGGAUGCAAGAGGACUAGAGAUGAGGGGCCCUGGCCCUAGUUCCAGAGGUCCGAUGACUGGUGGAAUCCAGGGUCCUGGCCCUAUUAAUAUGGGGGCAGGUGGCCCUCAGGGACCUAGACAGGUUCCAAAUAUUGCAGGAGUGGGAAAUCCUGGAGGUACCAUGCAGGGGGCAGGUAUACAAGGAGGAGGGAUGCAGGGAGCAGGUAUGCAAGGAGGAGGGAUGCAAGGAGCAGGCAUGCAAGGAGGGGGGAUGCAGGGAACAGGCAUGCAAGGAGGGAUGCAGGGAGCUGGCAUGCAAGGAGCCAAUAAGCAAGGUGGAGGCCAGCCUAGCAGUUUUAGCCCUGGGCAGAGCCAGGUAACUCCACAAGAUCAAGAAAAAGCAGCUUUGAUCAUGCAGGUUCUCCAGCUGACUGCGGAUCAGAUUGCCAUGCUGCCUCCCGAGCAAAGGCAGAGCAUUUUGAUUUUAAAGGAACAAAUCCAGAAAUCCACUGGGGCUUCUUGAAUGGUUUUCAACUAGGAAGCACUUAGUUACUCCUUCAGAGUUGAUUCUGUGGCAUGAAGUGAUGCAAAAAGCUGUCUUCUGUGUUCGCACACUAACCAUUUAAGGUUUCCUUCUCCCUAGAUCUUAAUCUUUCUUCUAGUCCUGUCACUUUCUGCUUCCCUUUUAGCUUUUUGAUGGAGGUUAUGGAGUGGAAGGAGUGGGCCUGUUCACUUUGUCACUGUUACUCUACCACAUACCCUGAAAAUAACUACAUCAUCCACCAAGUAAGGCUAUGAGGAAGAUGCAGGAGGAAUAACAUGUCUGCACUUUGUUAACUGCGUCUUAAAAAAUCCCGAGUAAGCUGGGAACUACAUAAAAAUUGAAAGUGACUUGUUACAGUAUUGAUAUCCUAAGACGGUUUAAAGGUUUUUGGUUGUAUAUUAAACAAUGUCAGAAUGUUAAGAUACACUUUUUGGUAAACCAAAAUACUGUAGAAUAAUAAGAUUAAUGUUUAGUUAUUUUGGAGUUAUUUUGAAAUAUUGGAACUAACAGUCUGUGGUGUAGAUGUAGGUUUGUUUUGUUUUGUUUUUUUAGCAUUGUUAUCUGUAAAAAGGUAAUUUUCAUUUUUACCUGACUUUUUUGAGACAACUAAUAUUCUUGCCUGGUCCCACCUGGUGAUUUUGCAGAAUAGUUGUAGUUUCAGCUGAAUUAUAUAAAGCCUCUGAGGAGACUCAAGUGAUUUCCUAAUACAUUUCUCUGAAAAAAUUCUUAAGCUCCAAGUCUGGUUGUAAGUAGUUUUUUCAUGUCAUCUAAAAGAAGCAGUUAGACAUGGGGUCGGACUUUCUUGAGUAAUGGGGGGUUUUUUAGUAAAGCUUCCACCCAGGUUCUUAAUAAACCAGUAUCCAUACACAGAUGGAAUCCAUUUGGUCAGCAGGAAUCAGAAGUUAAAAAAAUCUUAGUCUUCGCAUUUUGAUGUGUCUUACAGUUUGAUAACUUUCACAAAGUAUUUUCCUGCCAUCACCUUAACUAGAACCGAGGCCCAAGUGGUCUGACAGCUCUGCUCAACUUAGUAUUUUAUUUCUUAGAACUCUCAAGAGCCAUUUGGUCAUAACAUACAUUCCUAUCAGAUGUGUUUUAAAAUAAGGAAUGUGGAACUUAAUACAUUUCCUUUAGAGCUACCAUACUAUUUUUUGACAUUAAGUGUGUGGCACCUAGACACCAUGUCAUAUCUAGUUAAUGAGCAGAAACAAGCACAAGUUACCACUUGACCAAGUGAUAGUCCUCUGUAGGAAACUAAAUACCCAGCUACAGAGGGACGAGUAGCCUUGGGGAGAGAGCUGACUCAAGGGGUUAUUUUGUCCUUGGAAAGUUGGAGCAUUUUAAGUGUACAGAGUUUUCAUUCCUAGGCUAUUUUCCAUCGACUUAGUUUUUUGUGCUAGUGUUAAACUCUCUGUGGUUUCCUCUGCUUCUCCUUUGCUGAAGUUGGUUUGUGUUUUGUACUUUUGUGCUAGUUCUGGCUAAUUCCAAUUGCUUGCUUUCGAAAUUGCGGUUGCUAGCCCAAAACUUCUUAUAGUCUUUGUUAUAAGAAAAUCUCUGCAUUGUUUAAUGAAAAUUAAAUAAACAGGUUGUAUAAUUAA